UGUUCAUUGGUUGAAUCGGCUCAGUGCUGAUCCAUGUACAAAACAGAUCAAACCAGGUAUAGAGAGUGAGAACACAUCUUACUGCUGAUCGGAAAAAGUUAUAUAGUAGAGAGAUCGCAGUGGAACAGCAUCAGUUUCAUUAAUCAGGUUUCCUGCGUAUCUUGGUCGGGUCUUUUAGUAACGAGGGGAUUCUGUUCAUUGAUCGGUGAGGAGUGUGAAACCUUAGAUGGCGAGCCAACCAACUGGAUCUUCUGGAGUCUCUGCGAGUUUGAACUUCAAAUCCUGAGAAACAUUAUGUGGGACGUUUUGGAGAAGCUGAACUACUACUGUGAAUGAUUACUCAAUGUCUUCAGUACACUUAAAAGUAAGGGAGAUAUGACUGAAAGGAACUGCUAUGAUGUGAUUUCAAAGAAAUCCUGUGUCACGUGAUUUCAAAGUGUCCUGGAUAUAUAAAUACCAGCAAAGAGCUUUAUUUGGUAUUUGGACAUCUAGAGGUGGACAGAAGAUACAGAAAUCAACGCUCAGUGAAAUAAUAGCAGAUCCAAAUCAACAUGAUGUCCAGGUUUUGCUUCUGGCAGAACAAGAAGAAGAAGAAUAAGGAGAAAGAAAGGCCACAUGAUCUGGUUAAAAAGGAAGAUAAUGAAGAAACAUUUAAUAUGGAGCAAACUUCAGUUCCUGUCACAUCACAAGUUCAAAUCACUAAAGCUAAGGACAGCACAGACCACAGUCCUAAAACAAAUACAUCAAGAAGAGAAAAUCAGGCAGAUGAUGAACACAAGAAAUCUAUCAGACUGGACGGCGCGGGUCAGAGUGAUGAGGCGAGGGUCCUGGUCAUAAACACCGGUGGAACCAUUGGAAUGACGUAUCAUAAUAACGUUCUGUCUCCAGAACCUAAUGCUUUUGUUGAAACUCUACGUAAUCUCUCUAUUCUGCAUGAUGAGCAGUACGGUUCACCUCAGGAGAACACGCUGGUGCUGCCACUGUCCAAACAGAAUAAGAGGAUUGUAUAUACAGUUUUAGAGUACUCUCCCCUCCUCGACUCCUGUAAUAUGACCACAGAUGACUGGGCCAGGAUUGGAACAGACAUUGAGAGACACUAUGAGCAAUAUGAUGGUUUUGUCGUCCUGCACGGCACAGACACCAUGGCUUACACCGCUUCUGCCUUAUCCUUCAUGUGUGAGAAUCUGGGAAAGCCUGUCAUCUUCACUGGCUCACAGGUGCCCAUCUAUGAGAUGAGGAAUGAUGGAAGGGAGAACCUCUUGGGGGCGCUGUUGAUAGCAGGACAGUAUGUCAUCCCUGAGGUUUGCCUGUAUUUUCAUCAUAAGCUGUUCAGGGGCAAUCGUGUCACCAAAGUGGACCCUGGAAGCUUUAACGCGUUUACCUCUCCAAACCUGCCGCCAUUAGCACAAUGCAAUGUCGACAUCAAAAUUAACUGGGACAUUGUGUGGCGAGCCAAUACAACUGCCAGAUUCACUGUCAACACACAACUGAACCGUAAUGUGGGUCUCCUGCGACUCUUCCCAGGAAUCACUGCUGAUAAAGUCAAGGCCUUCUUGCAGCCUCCUAUGGCUGGGAUCGUAUUGGAGACCUACGGCAGCGGUAACGCCCCUGACAAUGACACCGAGCUGCUGGAUGAGAUCCGUAAAGCGACAGAGAGAGGUCUCAUCAUGAUCAACUGCACCCAGUGCCUCCGGGGCACGGUCACAACCUCAUACGCCACUGGCCAGGCUCUGAGUGAUGCCGGUUUGGUCGCUGGGUUUGAUAUGACCACAGAAGCCGCUCUUUCAAAACUCUCCUAUGUGCUGGAAAAACAAGACCUCAGUCCAGAAGAGAAGAAGGAGAUGCUGUGUCGUAAUCUGCGUGGUGAGAUGACCGCUGAUCUGGACGGAGCAAAGCUUUCUCUCCGCGACAGCCGCUUUAUUCAGAUCUUGGCCAAGUCCCUCAACGUUAGCUGUAACGAGCAUUCACAGGAGCUUGACGCCAUACGAGAUGCACUAACUCCCACUCUGGUCUGCGGUGCUGCUAAGAUCGGAGACACUGACACUUUAAAGGCCAUAAGGGAAAUGGGCUCUGACUUGAACAUGGCAGACUAUGAUGGCCGCUCUCCUCUCCACGUCGCUGCAUGUGAGGGGCAUCUGAAUGUGGUGGAGUAUCUGCUAAAUGAAGGGGCUGAUGUCGAUGCUAAAGAUCGCUUUGGUGAUACACCACUUCACAAUGCUGAACGCUUCAGGCAUGAGGACGUUGUAGAAUUGCUGAGGAGGAAUCGAGGUCAUUUUUCCCAGGAUGACAUGGUUGAUGCUGGAAGCAGCCACUAGACGUGAGGAGGAUGAGUUCUUAAAACAGGCGGCUCAGUACCAAACAGUCUUGCUUUCAGACCCUGAAUAUUCCAGGAGAGAACUUUGAAUUCUGAUGCUGAACUAGAAGACGUCUGAAGACCCUCAAGCUUGUGCCAGGCUGCGGCCUUGACUUUCCAUCCACCAAAGAUCCUCUGACUCCAACUAAUUCUCUCUCAUCAACACAACAUCAGCGUAAGAUCAACGGGAGCCUCCACAAACUGCAUCAGGACAGUUUAUUUCAAAUGGGUGAGACAUGCAAGUAUCAAACUUAAGUCUCAUUAUUUGAUACAUUAAAGGCACACUAUAUAAGUUUUCGCCACCAGAGGUCACAUUUUCAAAACAAUUACAAAGGUGAAGCUUGAUGAUGCUAUGAAGGAGAGAUGUUGAUUUCACCAUACAGAGAAGUAUGAAAUUCACAAAUCAUGUUCACGGAUGAAGUAAUGAAUUGUUUUUGUAUUACCUGUAUGUUUGAUCACACUAUUUUAUGUCAUCGUAAUAAAUUCACUGCAAGGAAUGUGAAAUUUAAUGCUAUAUUGCUCUGUUACUGAUAUGUGACUAUUUGGCAAAUGAUUUGGUUGGUUAAUAAUAAAUAAUGCAUAUUAAUAUAUAUAAUAAUGCAUAUUUGCUUACCUGUCUAUUAAAACAUGCGAGAGCGGAGUCUCUGUCAAGUCCAAGUUUGCUGCGAAGUUCUCCUUCAUCUCAAAUGCCAUGCCGCCGAUACUGAUCCUUGUUUUAUUUUUCCGUUUGUGCCAAAGCCUGCUUGUCUCAGUUGAUCUCAUUAGCAGCUUACGUAUAGCAGCCCAUUGAAACGGCCGCUAAUGAGGCAUCUAUGUAUAUCUAUCUCUAUGGCUUCUACAAGUGGAAGGUGAGGAUAGCUCUGAAUAACGUCAAUUCGAUUUCAAUUUUCAGAUUUGAUUCUCGAUUAUUUUUUAUUUGUUUUUUUUUUUUUUUAAAUACAAUAAAUUUUCACUGGCCCCACCACAAAAAAAAUAAUGAAUAAAAUAGUUAUUUUUUGUUGUUGUUGUUUUUGACCCAUGUAUAGCCCACCUAUAUUGUAAUGAAUAAGGUUAUGACACCCAAUAUUUUAGAUACCAGUGAAAUUUAACAAUUCUUGAUUCCAUUUAAGACAGCUAAAACUACUAAUAUAAAUUUCAAAGAUUAUUAAAGACAAGUAAACUGUCAUUAAUAAAAAAAAAUAAAUAAAUAAGUAAUUAAACCACAAGCAAUAGCACAAAUAAACACUAUAUAAUCUUCACUGUACAAAAUAAAUAAAGGUUAAUCCUUAUUAAAGUUACAAAAACAUUAUUUAGUGAAGAUCGGAGUGAUUUUCUCUUUAGUUUGAUUAACAUUAAAACACAGACAGCUUCUGGAAUUUUAGGUGUCUGUCACUUUAAAACUAAUGCACUGAGACAUACAAUCAGGGGCGAUUCUAGGGUCAGAGCUUUAGGGGUGCUGAGCACCCAAUGAGCCCCACUGCCACCACCCACCCUCUUUUCACACAAAAACAAAAAAUAUGUUACAAAAAGUAAAUGUAAUAUAGGCUACUUAAUGCCAAUAAGUUAGUAUAGGAGUAUGAGUAGUUACUGUUUUGCUUGCCACUAUUCACUAUAUGUCAAUUUAUUGUUGUUGUUUCCUCACCUGGUUCUUCCUGCAUGCUCUCCCUUUCCCUUUCUCCUUCUCCAUCUCCCUCUCUUUCCCUUGGCACUGACAAUCAUACACAAAUAUAUUGUAGGCAGGAGAGUUGAGGUCAGUUUGUCAUGUCACAAAAAUGUUUGGAGACCAUUUACAGAUUCUAAGGAUAUGAUCAAAAGGCACACAGAGGCGUGUCAUUUAAAAUGUCUUUAUUAUUAUUAUUAUUGGGCUUAGAAACUUUUUUAAAUGACAAAUUCCUUUCACAAGAGAAGCUGUAUUCUCCAUUGUGGGUUUGAAAUAAAUAAAAAAAUUAAAAGCAGGGGACCAUUGCCUAGAUAAGUAAUUUGAUACAACAGCUGGUUUGCAUUAUCUGUUACUUUAGCUUGCUUAACACUUUUCAGAAGAACAAAAAAACAAAAACAAAAACAAGACAGAGGUCAUUAUGGACUGUCCCUAGUCUCUCACCUGAAUCUGUCUUUUUUCUUUUAAAGAACUGUCCUAUGUCCAUUGCUCACUGGCAGGCCACACGCACACACACACACACACACACACACACACACACACAGACACAGAGAGAGAGAGAGAGUAAUGCUAGGAGUUGAGGAGUUAAGCCUGGUUCAGGUUAAAUCCUCUGUGUGUGAGGAAUGAAUAAAUACAGCAAAAGAAAAACAUUAAACUUUCUUUUAUUGUCUAGUUUGAUAGUAAGCCACAACUGAAAAAUAACAGAUGUAAAUCUAGAAAUGAAUAACAAUUCAUUUAAAAAGCCACAGUGAGUGUUUUCACACAUACUGCUGGUAUACAGUGAUAUGUCGUUUGUUUUCACUCUGGUCCAAACGCCAGGAGUGUUUACAUGACUCCCGAUUGUUAAAAUGAGUAUCAAACUAACGAUAAACUUUAACAACAGAGACACACGUACGCACUACACAGGUACGCAGUUUAUUUGUCGCGCUGCUGUUUUUGUUUCACGCUCUAGCAGUUAAUAAACAGAACUGCAGGCGUCUUGCGGAAGAACAUUGUAACCGACGCUACUUCUCUCCGUGUAUGACUAUGGACGAGUCACCCAGGUCCUGUGCUACUCCACAGCGGCGGCGACCCGCUGGACUAAAAUAGUCCGAAAAUAAACACUUAUUAUAGGUGUACCAUGGUGAUUCAGGAUACUGACUCCAGUACUCACCGAUAUGGUUUCGGAAUCGGAACAACUCUAGGUAAAAGGAAAUAAGUGUGAGACACAGCUUUGGAGCAACUUAGUUGAUUCACAACACUACAGGUGCUGGUCAUAUAAUUAGAAUAUCAUCAAAAAGUUGAUUUAUUUCACUAAUUCCAUUCAAAAAGUGAAACUUGUAUAUUAUAUUCAUUCAUUACACACAGACUGAUAUAUUUCAAAUGUUUAUUUCUUUUAAUUUUGAUGAUUAUAACUGACAACUAAGGAAAAUCCCAAAUUCAGUAUCUCAGAAAAUUAGAAUAUUACUAAUGACCAAUACAAAGAAAGUAUUUUUUAGAAAUCUUGGCCAACUGAAAAGUAUGAACAUGAAAAGUAUGAGCAUGUACAGCACUCAUUACUUAGUUGGGGCUCCUUUUGCCUGAAUUACUGCAGCAAUGCGGCAUGGCAUGGAGUCGAUCAGUCUGUGGCACUGCUCAGGUGUUAUUAGAGCCCAGGUUGCUCUGAUAGUGGCCUUCAGCUCUUCUGCAUUGUUGGGUCUGGCAUAUCGCAUCUUCCUCUUCACAAUACCCCAUAGAUUUUCUAUGGGGUUAAGGUCAGGUGAGUUUGCUGGCCAAUUAAGAACAGGGAUACCAUGGUCCUUAAACCAGGUACUGGUAGCUUUGGCACUGUUUGCAGGUGCCAAGUCCUGUUGGAAAAUGAAAUCUGCAUCUCCAUAAAGUUGGUCAGCAGCAGGAAGCAUGAAGUGCUCUAAAACUUCCUGGUAUACGGCUACGUUGACCUUGGACCUCAGAAAACACAGUGGACCAACACCAGCAGAUGACAUGGCACCCCAAACCAUCACUGACCGUGGAAACUUUACACUGGACCUCAAGCAAUGUGGAUUGUGUGCCUCUCCUCUCUUCCUCCAGACUCUGGGACCUUGAUUUCCAAAGGAAAUGCAAAAUUUACUUUCAUCAGAGAACAUAACUUUGGACCACUCAGCAGCAGUCCAGUCCUUUUUGUCUUUAGCCCAGGCGAGACGCUUCUGACGCUGUCUGUUGUUCAAGAGUGGCUUGACACGACAGCUGAAACCCAUGUCUUGCAUACGUCUGUGCGUAGUGGUUCUUGAAGCACUGACUCCAGCUGCAGUCCACUCUUUGUGAAUCUCCCCCACAUUUUUGAAUGGGUUUUGUUUCACAAUCCUCUCCAGGGUGCGGUUAUCCCUAUUGCUUGUACACUUUUUUCUACCACAUCUUUUCCUUCCCUUCACCUCUCUAUUAAUGUGCUUGGACACAGAGCUCUGUGAACAGCCAGCCUCUUUUGCAAUGACCUUUUGUGUCUUGCCCUCCUUGUGCAAGGUGUCAAUGGUCGUCUUUUGGACAACUGUCAAGUCAGCAGUCUUCCCCAUGAUUGUGUAGCCUACAGAACUAGACUGAGAGACCAUUUAAAGGCCUUUGCAGGUGUUUUGAGUUAAUUAGCUGAUUAGAGUGUGGCACCAGGUGUCUUCAAUAUUGAACUUUUUCACAAUAUUCUAAUUUUCUGAGAUACUGAAUUUGGGAUUUUCCUUAGUUGUCAGUUAUAAUCAUCAAAAUUAAAAGAAAUAAACAUUUGAAAUAUAUCAGUCUGUGUGUAAUGAAUGAAUAUAAUAUACAAGUUUCACUUUUUGAAUGGAAUUAGUGAAAUAAAUCAACUUUUUGAUGAUAUUCUAAUUAUAUGACCAGCACCUGUAUAUAACGGGUUCUCACUCUGCGUGUUUCGCGCUGGAUGACGGUCGUGCUGAGCGGUGCGGGUACAGAGGAGAAGAAGAAGAAGAGAAGAGGAUGACACCAUUUGCUAAGGGGGAUAUUUUCAUUUUCAUCCUUAACACAUACAUUUUAAACCACAAAAACAUCUCUACUGCUUACCGUAACCGUAACUGACUGUGUUUACCGAGAUACUCGUAAAGGCGGAGAUUUUGAGAUAAAUUUGUGUAAAUUUGUCCAAAUUUGUCCGUUUAGACGCAAUGACAGGUAAAAGAGAAUUAAUUUUCUUAUUUGCACGCUGUCGGAGGCGCGCAGCUCUGAGCUCUUCGGGUGUGUGUGACGCGCACACAAAACUUGUCACAGCGCGCGCGAGUUCUCUUUCACUUGAAUGCUUAUGUUGGCAAAGCUUGAAAACGCGUGCAAAUGAUAAACUUUAAUGGCCAUGCAGCGCUGGCUCGAUCGGGAAACCGACAGUUCCUUCAGCUGUCCGGAAUGUCUUUCACGCUGAAAGGCGCAGCUGCAUCCGCCACUGAAUGAAUGACACCGGCCCUGCUGUGAUAAAUAAGAGGAUGACAUCUAGUGGAGAAGUCUAAUAAGAUUAACGUCAAUCAGAUAUUAUGUCCAAUGUUUGCGUAAAUAUGAAAAAAAUCGAUACGUGGCUUUUGAAAAUCGAUAUCGUAUCGACCGCGUUUUAAAAAAACGAUUAAUCGAAAAAUUGUUUUUUUUUUUUUUUUUUUGCACAGCCCUAAUUAACAAAUCCUUGGGAACUUUUGGGAUAAUGUAAGUACACAACUUGAUGAAAUAUUUCACACUGUGCAAGUGGUUUUGGGAUGUUUUAUUACAAAAAAUCUUACAUCGUAAAAGCGAUCAUAUUCCAAUUUUGAGGACCCUUCAAUGGCUGCCUAUUAAAUUCAGAAUUGAUUUUAAAAUCCUUUUAUUUGUUUAUAAAUCUCUACGUAAUCUCGCCCCAAUCUAUUUAUCUGAAUUGCUGCAACCAUAUACUCCAUCUUUGUAUAUACUUGUGGAAUAAUCUGCCUUUAGAAAUCAGGUUAGCUCUUUCCCUGACUACUUUUAAGUCUCUCCUAAAAACGUACUUGUUUUCCAUGGAUUAUAAUUAAUCUUCUUCUAUGGUUCUUGCCGUGUUUUUAUGCUGUUAAGUGUCUAUACCUUGUUUUAUUUAUUUAUUUAUUUUUUAAACUGUGUUUUAGCUGUGUUGUUGAUUCUAUAUCUUUUACUUUACUUCUUCUUUCUGAAGCUCUGUACAGCACUUUGGUCAGUUGUGUGACUGUUUUAUAAGUGCUGUAUAAAUAAACUGAACUUGAACUUACAUAUUGUGCCUUUAAUCGUCCCUACCCCUUUUAAAGAACGGCGUGUUAAACUAAGAAACUGAUGGUUUGCUCAAGGCUGUUGAUCUGCUGAAUUUUAAACAAUGUUAUAACUUCUUGCUUUCCUGUAUUCUGCUUCAGCUCUCUUUGGUAAACUGUAUGCAUGUGUGUGAGUGUUAGAGUAGUUUCAGUGUUUAGUUAAUAAAGUCUUGUUCGUGUCACACGUAAAGUUGUCCGUGUUUCAUGCUCAUAUACUGGAGUCCCUAAUCAUGCAGAUUUUGACUACAUGCUCUCGGGCAGGGGUGGGCAAACUCGGUCCUGGAGGGCCGCUGUCCCUGCAGAGUUCAGCUGCAGCCCUGAUAAAACUCACCUGCGUGUAAUCCUGAAGAUCUUGAUUAGCUGGUUCAGGUGUGUUUGAUUAGGGCUGGAGCAAAACUCUGCAGGACAGCGGCCCUCCAGGACUGAGUUUGCCCACCCCUGCUCUAGGGGAUCCAAAUAUUUAUAUGAGUUAUAAUUAAUUAUUCAUAUUUCUCUUGAGCUAAUUUGCUACACUAAGCAAAAAAUAAAUACUAUAAUAAUUAUUUAUUCAUUUAUUUUUUUUAUCACAAUUUACAGAAAACAUUCAGUGUGUCUUUUUUAUUCAAUAAAGACAAUCAUCUGGAACUACUUGACUCUUCUUUAAUGAACUCGUGAACCUCUACAUACACAACAAUUGUUCCUAUUGUCACAUCCUUUCUCUCUUUGUUUAAUAUUUAUUUUUAAUACAGAACUAAUGUUCCCAACAAAACUCAAUUCAUUUUAGAAAAAAACAAUCUACCAUUUCCUUAUAACAUCUAUAUAGUUAUUUCACAUUUCCAUCACAAUAGUUCUACGUAUCUUUCUUUUUCUUUUCUUUUUUCCAUGUGACAGUUUUACACCCUUUUCAUCUUUUAAUUGUCGAGGUUUCUUUACUAAACGUCCUGCUUUUGUGAAAACAGAUGGGACUGUACAGCGCUUUACAUCUCAUUCUCCAUAUUGCUGGUGAGUUGUGACUGAACGUCAGCAGUUUCUGCGUUUCUUUGUUUCACUACCUUUUGUUUUGUUUGGUUAGAGUCUCUAGGGGUCAUUCCAUGCUCCCUUCGGAGAUGUUCCCUGUUUCUCUUUUUAACCCCUCCAGAAUCCAGCUGGACACUGUAGGAUCUCGAGUCGAUGGGCUUCUCCCCUGUGCACUUUCUCCAGAUCUUUUGAGGCUCAAAUGCUUGUAUUCUCACAGAGUCACCUUGUUUUAGUGUGUCUGAGUCUCUGGCGGUUCUGUUAAAGUUUGUUGGUGUUCAUACUGUGACGAGAUUCAGUGUGUCAAAAAAUCUGAAAACACAUGAGAGGAUCCACAGCAGAGAGAAGUGCGGAAAGAGUUUCACUAUUAAAAGUCACCUGAAGAAACACAUGAAGAUCCAUGCAGUGGAGAAACCACAUCACCACAGUCUGAAAUCACAGUAUGUAUUAAUAAUAAUAAAUUAUUAAAUAAAAAAACACAGUUUUUCAUUUCAAAAGCAUUUCUAAAUUCAGUUUAUAUUUCUAACAAAAAUGGUGAGAAGUGGUGAAAAAACUGAGCUACCACCAAAUCCAAACAUUAUCAUUUCUAACUUUCUUUCUUUCUUAUUUUCUAACUUUCAGAGCUUGAGUGUAACUUUGAUGAAGACCAGUGGUGCUCUAUAUAAGAUUGUUUUUACCUCAAUAUCCUUUAACAAAAUUACAGGAUGGACUUAUAAAUUCCUCACCUCACUUUGUCAGAGUAAAAUGUAUCCACAUGUAUCACAGAUAGGUGGAUCAAUUAUGCACAUCUUCUGGGAAUGUAGAAAACAAACAUUUUUGGGAAGAGGUUCGCCCACCAUUGGUGGAAAUGCUUUAAUAACUGCAUGAUCAUAUUUUUGAGCAUAGCUGAAACUGUAUUUUUUUUCUUUUAAAUGUAAUUUCUACUGUUAUUACUUAUUUACUUUUAAUAUUAUGACCAUAAUUGUUCUUCCAUCUGCUACUGUAUCUAUUGUUGUUUUUGUUCUUUCUUCGCUCUUUUUUUUCUAUAUAAAAAUAUCAAAACUAAUAAAAAGACAACAGAAAAAAGA